ACUUCUCUUUUCGUCCAAAUCGGGCGCGGCUCAGUUCUCCACCUCUACAGUACGGCAAUAGACCAGCCGGCACCCUACCUCCUUUCUCUCCCUUUCAUGUCAAAUACCAUGACUCUCUAGCACAUGUCGUCUUCUUCUCUCUUUCGCUUCCUCUCGAUCCCAAACCCUAGCUUCUUCUUUCUCUUUCCAUUUCCCCAAAAUGCCCUCCCACUUAAUCUCUAAUUCCCCUUCUACUUCUUCUACCCCUUCCUCCGACCUCUCCAACGACGCUGUUUCGCUUCCUUCCACAUCCUCCUCCUCCUCCUCCUCUGCUUCUAGAUUUCCAGAUAUGUGGAAUUAUCUUUGGUUUCCCAUACUCAUUUCACUCUCCAAAGAACUUAGCUUAGCUAAAGCUGCUCAGUUGAAUAUUCUUCUUCCGAGUCAACUCGACAAAGACGCAUCGUCUCCGGUGUCUAGGUGCUCCGUACCGGACCCCAAGCUGAACUAUAGGCCAGUGAUUGGAAUCUUGAGCCAUCCUGGUGAUGGUGCUUCCGGGAGGCUAAAUAAUUCGACAAAUGCGUCGUAUAUUGCGGCGUCUUAUGUGAAAUUCGUUGAAUCGGCUGGUGCUCGUGUGAUUCCUCUUAUCUAUAACGAGCCACUGGAGAUUCUUUUCGAGAAGCUCAAUCUGGUUAAUGGAGUGCUCUUUACUGGGGGUUGGGCUAAAAGCGGUUUAUACUAUGACAUUGCAAAGGCAGUUUUUAAGAAAGCUUUAGCCAAGAACGAUGCAGGAUACCAUUUUCCGUUGUAUGCUAUCUGCUUAGGUUUUGAACUUCUGACAAUGAUCAUUAGCAAGAACAAGAACAUUCUGGAAUCAUUUAAUGCAGCAGAUCAGGCUUCUACACUUCAGUUUAUGAAAAACGCAAAUAUAGAGGGAACUGUGUUUCAAAGAUUUCCUCCAGACUUGCUUAAAAAGUUGAGUACGGAUUGUCUCAUCAUGCAAAACCAUCAUUACGGCAUCUCGCCAGAACGGCUUCAAGAGAACCAGGAUCUAUCUAGUUUCUUCAAGAUCUUGACUACUAGUGCAGAUGCAGAUGACAAAGUUUAUGUCUCCACUGUAGAAGCACACAACUAUCCUGUGACUGCUUUCCAAUGGCAUCCUGAGAAAAAUGCUUUUGAAUGGGGCUUAUCUAUGAUUCCACACUCUGAGGAUGCCAUUCAAGUGACGCAACAUGUUGCAAACUUCUUCGUCAGUGAGGCUAGGAAGUCUUUGAACAGGCCACCUGCUCAUAAAGUGCUUGACAAUUUGAUUUACAAUUACAGUCCUACAUAUUGUGGGAAGGCUGGGAAGGGAUAUGAUGAAGUGUAUAUAUUUGCAGAACCGUGAACUCCAGAUUUUAUGCAGGUGUAGGGAAGCAUUGUAAAUUGCAAUACUUGAAAAUUGGUAUGUAAAUUGUAAGAUUGUUGACAAUGAACAUGGCUUUAUGAAUAUGCUGGACUAAACAGCUUGUGUGGGCAUUUUCUAUAAUAUAUUUGGGCUAGACUACUUGUUCUGCAAUAAAUUGCUUGUUCCUUGCAUUUGUCAA